AGCAAACCCUGGGUUUAGAAAAGCGUACAUUACGGAGAAUUUAGGGAAGGUAGUGCCAGAAAUGGCAUGUUCUGGCUCCGUUCCCUCGACAAAAAUGCAUGGCUACGAUACAUCUGAGAUCACUUGAACUCACAUGCGACCGAAACUUAUCUGUUUGGAAGCGAUGCAUCAAUGGAAUCCAGAAUUGGUAUAAAUGGCCUACGAUGACAAGUAGAGUAAGAAAGCCAGUCAGAUUUACGGUUUGGUCUAAAGCUAAGAUACAUACGGUACCUGUAUUAGACUUUAUCAGUAACCAAAGUCGGAGUAACCCCCUCAAAAGGUACCUUCUCUACCACUUGUCCGCAGUGCAUAUGCACAAUGACUGACUGGUAGGGAGAACGUUCCGUUUGUCCUUUUUUUUUUUUCAUGCAACUUUAGGUCCAGAGGUUGUUACCCUAGUUCCGGUUAUGACCAAUUAAUUGACGGUAUUUUUCCAGUUAGCUAAAACAAGCCAGACCUCUGAAACAAUUCCUAGUGAUCAU